AUGUGGAUGCGGGCAGCACGAGUGCUGCGACGUUUAGUGCUGCUAGUAUUGUUGUUGCUGACUGCACUGGUGUUGCUGCUGCUACCGCCACCACCGCAGUAUAGCCAUCAAGCUAGGGUGCCGCAGUUGAGAAAAUAUCGCUAUACUGGAGAGGAUCCGGUUAAAUUAAAAAACACUAACAAAGAUAUUAAGGAGAAUCCCCAAUUGCCUUGGUUUAUGUCUGGCGGCAAGCAGCGUCCUUUGCAUCACGACCCUUACACUAAGCUCUUUCCUGAAGAUGCGCCUGGCCACGACAGAAUUGUCGAGCAGCUCACUUAUAUAUUACCAAAAGAUGAGGACGUAUCUAUUGUGAAGAUAUUACUAGCAAAUGGCUUGGGGAAUUGGGACCUGCCCGGUGGAAGGACAGAGUUCAUCAGAAACAAGUGUCCUGUGGACGCAUGCUCUAUCACUAUCGAUAUGAGAGAAGCCGCUACGGUUGAUGUUGUAUUGUACGAAGAUUAUCACAACUCUAUUGAUGUGAAAAGACCACCUAAUCAGAUUUGGAUUCUAUAUUAUUUGGAAUGUCCGUACAACACAGCUACUCUCAGGUCCACCUUAUUAAACGUUUUCAAUUGGACGGCGACAUAUCGCCGCGAUUCAGACAUCGUGGCUCCUUACGAAAAAUGGGUAUACCAUGAUACUUUGGUCACGGAAAAGGUGCUAGAAAGGAAUUACGCAGCAAAUAAAACAAAAAUGGUAGCAUGGUUCGUUUCCAACUGUCACGCUCACAAUCGUCGGUUGCAAUACGCGAAACAGUUAUCCAAAUUCAUUUCCGUGGACAUCUACGGUGCUUGCGGGUCGCAAAAUUGCCCACGCGUUGACCCCGAUUGUUUCAAAAUGCUCGAUAAGGAAUACAAGUUCUAUCUGGCUUUUGAAAACUCCAACUGUCAGGAUUAUAUUACAGAGAAGUUCUUCGUGAAUAGUCUUCAACACGACGUGCUACCUAUAGUAAUGGGAGCACGUCCUUCGGAGUACGCAGCAGUAGCGCCACACAAUUCUUACAUACACGUUGAUGAGUUCGCUGGGCCUGAAGAACUAGCAGCGUAUUUACGUCGCCUAGAUGAAGACGACACUCUCUUUAAUUCGUACUUCAAGUGGAAGGGCACAGGAGAGUUUAUUAACACAUUCUUCUUUUGUCGCGUGUGCGCAAUGGUUCAUGCGAGCGCCCGCCGACAACGCAACGUUCACUACACGGACGUGCAAGCGUGGUGGCGCAACGCCACCUGCACGCAAACUGACUAAAUUAUAUGUGUUUAUGUAACAGCGGGUAAUUAUGAAAUACUGUCCUGAUUAUGGGUCUUGAUUUUUUUUUACAUGAAUCGAGAUGAAAAAGAACCCAUGUAGAGUUGAGUAACAUAACCUAUUGAAUUAUUUCUUCUUAAAACAAAACCAUAAAGGUACGUUAAAGAAAUUAUUCAAAGACUGCGUUCAUCGCGAU